AUGGCGUCGAACAAUGUAGCUGCCACGCUGGUUUCCAUCCGAACCUCAGCCCUCCCACUGCUCACCGGCUUGAUGGGCACCAUGGGCAUCGUAACGGGGCUUUACAGCUUCAGAGCACCAGUCGACGCGGAGACACUGUUUGGCAUCCUCGUCCCGUCCUCGGUCCAAGCAUCCCAAGAACUUUCGAGCUGGCAAAAAGCGCAGACCUAUACCCGCGGCCUCCGCAACUUUGCCGGCGGAUUGUCCAUCGUGGGCAUCACAUUGUUCUGGCGCUUCUCCUCAUUGUGUCAGUCGUCGCCAGUGGCCGCCGUGACGGCCAGAAGAUGCCUGGGGAUCAUCUUCUUGACUGGCACCGUUAUUGCUGGAGGAGACGGGCUCGUCAUCACCCAGUUCGCCCAUGCGGAGGGCAUCUCGAAGGAAGCAAAGGAGGUUGCCGAAAAGACGGGGACGGGACAUCUGGUCAUGACGCUGCCCAUUCUGGCUCUUGGGCUCGCGUGUUUCUUCAUAUGA